CACGACUGUAACGACUGACCUCUCGGAAUACCUCGUCUAUGACGUGGUGGUACUAGUCUGGAUAUCAUAUCUUCUGCUGGUCAGGAACAUAGCGUCCAAACGCACACCCCUCCCGAACGAUCGAUCAGGCCACCCGAGCCUCGAUAUUCAUACCCCGGGCGAAAUGAUGAUGAAGAUCGCUUCGUUCCCCCAAAACGGCUCGGGAUCCUACGACACCCUCAAGGGAAAAGACAAGAUCUUGUUCGACAAGGUCAUUGUGGGGAUAGUGAACAGCAAAAAGGUCGUCGUGGUAGCUGGAGCGGGGUUGAGUUGUAGUAGUGGGAUACCUGAUUUUCGGUCGGAGAAUGGACUUUACUCGUUGGUCGGGCAGAUGGAAUCGGACAAUACCCCUUCAGGCAGCAGCAGCAGCACAUCAUCACCACCCCCUUCCAACCCCUUCCAGACGGGUAAAGACCUAUUCACCUCGACAACAGCCUUUGCGACCCCCCAUUCUACCUCGCUCUACUUGCGGUUCAUCGGAUCGCUCCUCCUAGCCUCCCGAAAGGCAGAACCGACGAGAGCGCAUAGGUUGUUGAAGCGGAUGGAGGACAAGGGGAGAUUGUUGAGGAUCUGGACGCAGAACGUGGACGGCCUCGAAGCGAGGGCGGGGUUGAGUGGAGGAAGGGGGUCCGUGGGAGAGGAAGAGUUUCGGACGGGCAAAGUUUCGGCCAGGCCAUCAGUCUUGAUACCGCCCUCUUACGCAUCCGUUGUCGCUCGAUCCAGACCGGGACCGGGACCAUCUACUUCAUCUUCACUCGCAUCACGACGUCGAUCCAUCGCCAAGCCUCGCCCGCCGGUGACGAUGGAGUUGCAUGGCAACGUCCAUUACGCGAGGUGCAACCUGUGUUCAGAGGAAUAUGUGACGAGAAAGGAAUGGGUCGAUGAGUGGGUGCAGGGCCGGGGGAUUGAGUGUGAGGCUUGUGGAAUCAGAGCCAUCGAGAGAGAAUUCAGGAACGCACGGGCGAUCAAGACGGGCAUGCUCCUCCCCUCUCUCGUCCUGUACGACCAGCCACAUCCACAAGGAGAAGAGAUCAUCACCUCGCAAGACAAGGACCUGGCCAAAAAGCCCGACUGCCUGAUCAUCAUGGGUACCUCGCUCAAGGUCGUCGGGAUAAAGAGGCUCGUCAAGGAUUUCAUCAAAGGGAUCAGGGAGGAUCAAGCUGCGGCCCGUAUCAAGGCCCAGGCAGCGGCUAAAUGUCUGGCGAAACCCGCCACCCCGAGUGCCGCUGCGCGAGCAAAGAAGCCGUUGGACAAGUUGCCGGUGAUAUUCGUCAACAAGACCCCGCCGGACAAGGAAUGGGAAGGUCUGAUCGACGUAUGGAUAGAGGCCGAAUGUGAUGCGUUUGCAGAGGGGUGUGAGAAGAUUUGGAGGGGAGUCAGGCCGGGUGAUUGGGAGGUACAGGAGACUUUGGAUGAUUGUCGGGUCGGUUGGAAGCAGGUUGAAAGGGCCGUGCAGGGGGACAAGGGGAAGGCGGUCGCUACGCCUUCCACACCCAGAAAGAACAAGGAGAGGAACCCCUUGGGAUCCGGGUUAAAUGUCAUCAACCGCCCCGAACCGACGACCGCCACUCCAUCGACGCCUAAACGAAAGUCCACCAUCAACAUCUUGAUGACUCCGGAAAAGACGCCCUUACGAUCAGCGACCCGAGCCUUGAAACGAACCCGAAACGACGAUGAAGAGAAUGACCCGUUCAACAGCUCGGCGGGCUCGAUCGCUCUGCCGCCGACGCCUGAACAGACACCAAAGAAACGGAGAAGACACACGGAUUACGGGCCUGCAAAAUGCGUGGCGAAGUCUGUGACGGCAUCGGUGCAGGAGCCCGUAGGUGUAUCACAGCGGCGAUACAGGACCAGGUCGCGGGUGUCGGGUUUCGAUAGUGAGGAGUCGGACCUGAGCGAGGGCUUGGCUUGAAGAGCGACGAGGUGCUUUAAAAUGGUGGGAGCAAGUGAAAAGUAUUUAGAUGUAGCAACCAUAAUGAAGACGAUUAGAGAGACGUCGCGCACAUUGUAUCCGUAACGAGGCGAUCAGCGCCCUUUUCCACCGAGGUGGUUCAUGAUGAAACCUUGAAUGUCAUUUUCGUCGGCGCAAUGCAGGAGCGACCGUCAUCAGCAAGUCUCGAUCUGACGACAGCUGGCGGAAAGCGAGAUUCAAUAACGACCGUCAUCUGUAAAACAU